ACCCCACCAUGAUCUCGGCCUUCUUCAUAUUCAACCAGAAGGGCGAGGUCCUCAUCUCGCGUCUGUACCGAACGGACCUCAAACGCUCCAUCGCCGAUGUAUUCCGGAUCCAAGUCGUCUCGAAUAGUGACGUACGGUCUCCCAUCAUCACCCUAGGCUCGACGAGCUUUUUCCAUGUCCGCGUGAACAACUUGUAUGUUGUGGCGGUGACCAAGUGCAAUGCCAACGCCGCCCUAGUCUUCGAAUUCUGCUACCGUUUUACCUCGAUCGCGAAAUCAUAUUUCGGGAAAGUGGACGAAGAGGCUGUUAAGAACAACUUUGUGUUGAUAUACGAAUUAAUCGAUGAAAUCAUCGACUUCGGUUACCCACAAAACAGCGAAACGGAUACCCUGAAGACAUACAUUACUACGGAGAGCAUCGUAUCUUCCAACAUUGCUGCCGAGGAGUCUUCCAAGAUCACAACACAGGCUACCGGCGCAACAAGUUGGCGAAGAGGCGAUGUCAAAUACAAGAAGAAUGAAGCGUUCGUGGACGUCGUGGAGACAGUAAAUCUGAGCAUGAGUGCGAAAGGCACUGUACUGCGCGCCGACGUGGAUGGCCAUAUCCUCAUGCGUGCAUACCUCUCCGGCACUCCCGAGUGCAAGUUCGGCUUGAACGACAAGCUCGUUAUAGACAAGAACGAUCGUAGCGGGGGCGGAGACGCUGUCCAACUGGAUGAUUGCACGUUCCACCAGUGCGUCCGGCUGGACGAGUUUGACUCCACCCGCACCAUCAGCUUCGUCCCUCCUGAUGGCGAGUUCGAACUCAUGCGGUACCGAUCGACGUCGAACGUCAAACUCCCUCUGCGCAUCAUCCCGACCGUGAACGAAAUCGGGACGACGCAGGUGACCUAUGCUGUGACAGUGAAGGCGAACUUCAACAACAAACUGUCGGCGACGAACGUGGUCCUGCGGAUACCCACGCCCUUGAACACGACUAACGUGGACUGCAAGGUGCCGAUCGGGAAGGCGAAGUAUCAGCCUGCGGAGAACGUUGUCGUGUGGAAGAUCCCACGACUACAGGGUGGCCAAGAAGUGACCUUCUCUGGCCAUGCGCAACUGACGAGCACGACGACACGUCAAGUCUGGGCCCGUCCACCGAUCGACGUCGACUUCCAGGUGCUCAUGUUCACAUCGUCCGGCCUGAUCGUGCGCUUCCUGAAGGUGUUCGAGAAGAGCAACUACCAGAGCGUGAAAUGGGUACGAUACCUUACCAAGGCGAGCGGGUCGUAUCAAAUACGCUUCUGAGGCAAGUGUCCGAGCGAUUCGAGGUACUAUGGACUGUGACGGCGGUUUGUACGUUGGAGGAUGUAUGGAUAUUUGACGAUUCAAUGUCAUGAUGCG